UCAUUUCGCUUUCUGUAGUCCCUUCUUCUCCUUCUUCCUCUUUGAGAUCGGCCGUGCAGGAGUGUUCGUUUCUGUUGGAUUCAAUUUCUCUAUCGCCAUGAAUGGAAAUGAAGCAAUUGAAAAUGAGAAAAUGGACAAGCUCCCGGAGAAAUUAGUCUACAUGUGGGGAUACCUUCCUGGAGCUUUGCCGGAGAAAGCUCCCAUAUUGUCUCCAGUUCCUGUCAUGCUUUCGGAUCCGGUUCUAGCCGGAGAUUCGUGGAUGGACGUGUAUGGAGGUGGUUGUGGAUUCGCCAUGGCCAUCUCAGAGAAUGGGAAGCUCAUCACGUGGGGCUCCACGGAUGAUGAGAGUCAAAGCUACUUGACAUCAGGAAAACAUGGGGAGACACCAGAACCUUUUCCGGUGCCUACUGAAGCUUCGGUGGUGAAGGCUGCUGCUGGCUGGGCGCAUUGCGUCGCAGUCACUGAAAAAGGUGAAGUAUAUGCGUGGGGAUGGAAAGAAUGUGUGCCUUCUGGAAAAAUUGUUGGUGAUUUCCUCAUUGGUAGAAGCCUUCAAAAAGAUGCUGCCGGGAAACAGGGCUCUUCAAUAGCUGAACAAGGAAGCCCACAAGGCUCGAACACGAGUAGUGGGUCAGAUUCACAACUUGACAACAAGAAAGUUGGAGAGGAAACAGUGAAACGUAGGAAGAUAUCACCGGCCAGGCUAGAAUCUGACAGUCCAUCAUCUGGAGAUGAAUUUUUUACUGUAUCUCCUUCACUAGUUACUGUUGGUCAUGGGGUGAAAAUUACCACUGUAGCAGCUGGUGGGAGGCAUACAUUGGCACUGUCUGAUGUGGGACAGGUCUGGGGUUGGGGCUAUGGAGGCGAAGGACAGCUAGGUUUGGGUUCUCGAGUGAAGAUGGUAUCUUCUCCUCAUCUCAUACCUUGUAUUGAACCAUCGACUUCUCAGAAGGAUAAGGCAUCAGCAAUUCAUCAAGGAAGUAUGGGUGCUAUAACUCAAGCUUCGAAAGUCCCUGGAACUUACGUGAAGGAAAUUGCUUGUGGAGGGCGGCAUAGUGCAGUAAUAACAGAUGUGGGGGCGCUACUUACUUUUGGCUGGGGCCUCUAUGGACAGUGCGGGCAAGGGAGUACUGCUGAUCAGCUGAGACCAACAUGUGUACCUUCUUUAUUGGGAACUAAAGUGGAAAAAGCUGCUGCAGGACUAUGGCAUACACUGUGUGUAACUGUAGAUGGUCAUCUUUAUUCAUUUGGCGGGAACCAGUUUGGACAGUUGGGUACCGGUUCUGACCAUCUUGAGGCUUCACCUAGACUCUUGGAUGCUUCAUGUUUGGAGAAUAAGCACUCUAGUAUAAUUUCUUGCGGGGCUCGUCACAGUGCUGUACUAACAGACGAUGGUCAGUUUUUCACUUGGGGAUGGAACAAAUAUGGCCAGCUUGGGCUGGGGGACUCUCUGGACAGAAACAUCCCUUGUCAAGUAUCUAUUGGUGAUUGUAGGCCACGAAAUGUAGCCUGUGGUUGGUGGCACACGCUGCUGCUGGCGGAUAAACCUGUGUGAUUCCAAAUUUGUCAGAUAUCGCAAUCAAGAGAAGAAAGUGGCACAGUUUUGAUAGGAAUUUGGUAAAUCAGUAGGCGACAUAUCAUUAAUGGAACGUAGAUGUGUCCAGAAUCAUGCAGCAUGUUUCUUCACCUUAAUUUAUUUCUUAUUUCCUGAUUUCGCUGUCUAGCUCUUUCCUUGGUAGAGAUUGUAGACUUGGCAGGCAUUGACAAUGAGAUACGAGAUUUCUAUUGGUUUGCUUACGCACAAUAAAUAUCAGUGACUGUUCAGUUUAUUCUGAUUUCUAAUGGAACAAGUUUUAGAUAUGAGGAAAA